AUGUUCGGCAAAGGAAAAACUUCCUCGUCAGAUAACGGUAGCAAAGACGAGAUAGUUUUGUUACCAGUCCAAUCCAAAGCCGGUAUUCUCCGCGUCACAGAAAUCGAGACAAAAGUCCACGAUCCAGAAGGCCACCAGAUCCCCGUCGUGCAAGAUGCCUCUACCACCUUCGACCUCCCCGAUAACCAUCCCAACAAGAACGCCAUCGAGGUAUUAUGGCUUCCCCGAGGCUCGCACAGCUCCGACGAUACCGGCGAGAAAGUGCGUCGUGCGCUGAAUAAUGAAAAGGAUAUGACCAUCUUGGGAUGCUGCAAGCAAUUCCCCAAAGCCAUCUUUUGGUCGUUACUUCUGUUCUUGACUGUUGUUAUGGAGGGGUAUGAUAAGAGUCUUGUUGCCGGGUUUGUAGCGUUUCCUGCUUUCAGAAGACGUUAUGGUGAAGUCUUUGAGACACCCGAUGGACCGAUUUACGAGAUAUCACCGCUGUGGCAGACUGCGCUACAGGUCUCUGCUAUUGCUUGUGAGGUUCUCGGACUGUUGCUGCAUGGUUGGAUCACGUAUAGUAUUGGCUACAAGAAGAUGAUGCUUAUCAGUCUGGCUUGGAUGUGCAUUGCUGUCUUUCCGGCUUUCUUUGCGCAUAACAUUGGUGUAUUGGUUGCUUCUCAGGCUCUAUGUGGUAUCUCAUGGGGUGUCAUUCAGACUUUGGCUGCUACAUACGCCGCUGAAGUCGUACCCUCAGCCAUCCGAGCCUGUCUUCUCAGCAACGUCAACAUGUGCUGGGUCAUCGGUCAGCUCCUCGGUACCGGUAUCCUCCGUUCUCUCGUCCACAACGACUCAGAAUGGUCCUACCGUAUCCCCUUCGCUCUUCAAUGGGCCUUUGCCAUCCCUCUUCUCAUCGGUAUCUGUUUUGCUCCCGAGAGUCCCUGGUGGCUUAUCCGUCGUGAGCGCAAGGUCGAAGCUAGACAUGCCCUUCAACGCCUUACCAAGCAAUCCCAGCUUGACAUUGACGACACCAUCGCUGUUAUGGAACAUACCAACCGCAUUGAGCGCAAGCUCAACUAUGGUGGUUCAUCAUACAUGGAUCUCUUUAAGGGCGCGAACCUUCGUCGUACUGAAAUUUCAUGCAUGGUUUGGUCUGUUCAGGCUCUUUGUGGUUGGAUUUUGACUGGUUAUGCCCCGUACUUCCUUGAACAGGCUGGCUUUGACUCUUCUCACUCAUUCAGCUUGUCCACUGGCAUGUACGGUAUGGCUCUAGUCGGAGGCAUUAUCUCUUGGUUCUUGCUCUCUCACAUCGGCCGUCGAAAGCUGUACCUUAUUGGUCUUGCUGCCGCUGUGGUCAUGCUUACUCUUGGUGGUAUUCUCUCUGUUGUCCUCGAUGGCAAGAAGGGUCUCAACUGGUCCCUCGGCGCGAUCCUCAUCACAACAACCUUCCUCUACAACCUCAGCAUCGGUCCAACAUGCUACGUCAUCGUCGCCGAGAUCCCCUCUACACGCCUCCGCGUCAAGACCAUCGCUCUGGCCCGUGUUGUCUACAACGUUUUCAUGAUCAUCAACAACGUGAUCGUUCCUCAAAUGCUCAACCCCACGGCGUGGAACAUGCAGGGAAAGUCCUGUUUUAUCUACGCUGCCACCGCUCUCCUUUGUUUCUUGUACUGUUAUUUCCGUCUGCCUGAGACCCAGGGUCUUUCAUACCUGGAACUGGACAUGUUGUUUGAGAAGGGGGCGCCGACGGCCAAGUUUAAGGAGUUGCAACAGAGAUUGGCUAACUCGGCUUACUUGACUGUGGACAGGGCGGAGCGUAUGAGGAAUGCUUGGCAUGGAUGGCUCACCUAUUCUUAA